AGAAUGUGUGUCUGUUAAGUUAACGCUUCUGAAUUAAGUAUUACGUUGUAUUCAAAGGAACAUAUGACUUAUACCAAUAGCUACUGCAAACUUUUUAAGCAUAAUUUUAUUAUUGAAAAUACCAGCAUCAUAAAUGGACAGACAUGGCUUUAAGCUAGGAACACAGACGUUACGACUUUUUUCGCGGGUGAAAAAAAAAUGACGGCUUAUUUCUAAUAAUAACUUUUGUAUUAGGUGUGCUAUUUGUUUACGAUAUCUUAUUAGAACACACACAUUUUCUACAUGUAAAAAAUUAUCUAGAAAAAACCAAUGCAGCUGAUAACCAAAUUGUUUUUGUUUUCAACAAACUACAACCGAGCGCUGGACUAGCUUUUGUCAAGGCAUUAUUUUCCGUUAAAAAAGCGUUAAAAUUCGAUUCAUUGAUUGGUCAGAUUUGUUCUCUUUGAUUUGGCAUGCUGAAUUUAAAAUCGUUAUUGUUCAAAACAAAUUAUAUGAAAAAUAUUGUAAACUUUGAAAUAGUUUGUUUUUAUUUCUUCUUAGUAGAGCACUGUUGGCGUUAUUUUAAUUUUAUGAUGCGAAUUUUUUUAAUUCAUCAUAUAAAUUGUGGUUGUCUAUUUUAAAAUGCAAAAACAGAAUUGUCAAAGUACCUGUUUUUUGAUUCUCAAAAAUUCGAGGUAUUAAAUUUUGCAAUUUUUUAUUCAGUUAAAUCGAUUAAAAAAACAAGACCCAGUUAUUUUGAAGACAAAAAAACUAGAAAUAAAAACUAUUAUUUGAAUUGAUUGAAUAGCAUUUUAUUGUCACGUACGAAGGUUUACUUUUUGAUAAUACUGUUGAAUUACUACAGGUCAAAUUUACCAGUAUUUCACUCAAAUAUUGGUUGAGUCAAUGGUCUCUAAGUAGAAUACGAUGGACACUUAAAUUUUAAAAACUAAAAUCAGCCUUCAGUUUAUAAGACUAACAGAUAGAAAGCAGUGCACUGGUAUCUCGUAUUUGGAAAUACGCAUAUACGAAUAAGGUAUAUCGAUUUCAACUUAUCUAGUUAUCUAGUUAUUUCAAACCACAAGUUCUAUACCACAAGUUAAAAAAGAAAUGCGACCAGUAGUAAAAGUGCAUCUUAUAGACGAAACUACAAUACUGGAAAUUCCAAUCGAAGAAAUAAAUCAUGAAAAGGAACAUUGUACAUUAUAUGAUGUCAAAAAAUAUCUGCAAAAACAUUCCAAGAUCAAGCAUAUUUAUGGAACAAAUGUUCGGUGGUCAAUUGUAAAAAAGUGUUCUCACAAAAGAUGGGAGAAAGUGAGCAGUACCAGAAAGUUAUUUGCAAAGGAAUUUUUAGAGAAAGGUAUCUAUAUUGCGAACGAUUUAGUUUUCUCCAAGGCUUUGUCAAUAAGAAAAAGGAUUAAAGAGUCGGCCAGAAGUUCGUCCUCAAAUUAUGCAACGACUUUUGGCGGAUCUGAGACAAAUGCGGUUGUAUCGCACGAAGGUCGUGUGGUAGUCUCUGGAGAUCUAACACCACCAUCAUGUUCCACUCUAGUCGAAGCUGGAUGUAACAAAAUCACCGAAAUUUUGACGAAAGAGAAUUUGCCAUCAGAAACGGUCAAAGGCAAUAAAGAAUUUUCGAUCAUUAUCCACUUUUUAAAUGUGUCUUACGAAUUCUUCCUCCCAGAGAAUAGUACAGUACUAAGUGCUAAAAAAAUGCUGGCAUCUCAUUUCAAAUAUACAGAUCCAGAAUGUAUACAGCUAUAUCAAGUAAUUUCUGGAUUCGAAAGAUUUCUUCCUAAUGAAGUAGAUUUGAUCGACUAUGCACACACUCAUGGGCGGAUAGUAAUGACGGAUACUAUACAACUCGAAGCCAGGAAAAAUUGUUGGUUACCACGGUUCAGUACCAUUUACUCUGUAAAUUCGGUGGUAUCGUUGAUUUCUAAUUUGCAAAAGGGCAACAAGCUGUCACACGCUUCUAUGAACACGAUAGCAGAAAUGUUUUUUUCCAACAAUCCAAUCUUUGUUAUGGCAUUAGAAGAAUGCUGGAUAUAUGAGGAAUCCGAGUUAUGGUUAGGUUUUGAAGGGUUCAAUUACCCAAUUUUGAAAUUUUCUAACAGUCCUUUGGAUCAGCACGAAGAGUACGUGAAGCGCAUCAGGCUAAAAAAUCUCAUAUCUGACUAUCUCUCGAUAGAAGUGAUAUUGUAUCCAUCGAAGGGUGAUUUUUUGGGAUACAAGCAAAGCCAGAAGGUGCUCAGACCCCACGAAGAAGCCCGUAUUAGCUUUUAUUUGGUCCCGCUAUUAUCUUCUAUUACGACUGGAUUAAUUAUUAUAUCGUGCUGUAAACUCCAAGAGUCAGGCCGGCAGACAAAUUCGUGUCAAUACUACAUUGUAAAAUAUCAAGAACAAGUUCUUAUAGCUAAGGAGUCCAAGUAUUGGCGGAUUGUGCUGAGUGAGCUAUUGGAAGACAGAAAACACAUUUUAGGGAUGGGUUCAUCUUCUGUGGUCUAUAAAGCAAAUUUGUACGGCCAGGAGCUAGCAUGCAAGGUUUUAAAGGAGCAAGGUAAUCUCGGCGACAUGAAUACAUUUUUUCGAGAAGUGGAGCAUUUAUGCAAUCCAGACCUUCGGCAUCCAAAUAUCAUUAUGUUUUACGGUGCAUCUGAUCGCCGCCCGUUUAGGAUCAUUACUGAAUUGCUGGAGUGCACACUUACGUCGUUGCUUAGAGCAGAACACAUUGAGGUGGAAAAAAGGUUUCAUUCUGGCCUUACAUGGAAGAGAAGAAUCCAGCUUGCGCUCGACAUUAUAUGCGCUGUCGAGCAUUUGCAUAAAUGUGGCUAUGUACACCGCGAUUUGAAGAGUUUGAACAUCAUGAUUAGCAGUAACUUUACUGCAAAGAUAGCCGAUCUAGGAAAUUCCGAGAAACUAAACAGCGAGGGCAAAACGCGGGGUAUAGUAGGAACAGUGCCCUGGAUGGCGCCGGAGGUCAUCCUUUCGGAGGAAUAUGGAACAUCUGCUGACAUCUACUCGUUCGGUGUAACAUUAUUUGAAAUAGUUUCCAAAAAACCACUAUUUGAUCACUGUAUAUAUACAGAAAAAUUCGAAUUGUACGAGCAAAUCAACAAAUGGUAUGAAGGUCUUAGUGAAGAACCAGAGAAGAUAUUGGGAAGUCUAGUGAUGAAAUGCUGCCAUAAGAUACCCAACUAUCGAUGUGUCAUUUCUGAAAUUUACAUGGAUCUUAAAAAAGCGUUGAGCAUUGCCGAGAGAACUAGUAAUAAAGCUAAUUGAGAGAAGGAAAACGAA